GGCAAGGCACAUUGGUAAAUUCUGGCUCCUUCUCAGGCUGGUCACCCCCGGUCUAUCUACACAGCAGCUAGGAGGUUGCUCCCUAGCCAGGUGGAGAGAGGCACAGUUUUAUGCAAGCUAGCGCGCUAACAAUAGCAGUGCGGCCCCAGUGUGCGGGUGACCGCCAGAGUACAAUCCCGCUCACCCCCAGGGAACAUAGUCAGGCACCUUUCUGGGACAGGCCUGGGACCCGGGCCGGCAGCAGACAUGGGGCAGAGUGAGUCCGAGCCCCAGGAUGAGCAGGAGGAUGCAGCGCUCACAGCCGUGCUGCCCAACCUUAAGCUCUUUGUGGAAGAUCAGCUCCAGACCAGCGUGGUGCUGGGUGUCAUGAUUGGCGUUGGUGUUUCCAUGUUGCUCAUCGCCACCUUGAUCCUGGUGCUGGUCCGUAGGCUGCACCACAAGACGGUUCAGGCUCAGGAGAUGCCCAAGUAUCGAUUCUGCAAGCGGGACAAAGUGCUGUUCUAUGGGCGCAAGAUCAUGCGCAAGGUGUCCCAGUCCACCUCCUCCCUUGUGGACACAACCAUCUCCAGCACCUCCCAGCCCCGCAUGAAGAAGAAGCUCAAGAUGUUGAACAUUGCCAAAAAGAGCCUGCGCAUCAAGAAGAAGCUGCCCAUCCUGCAGCCAAAGGAGCCUUCGGUGCUGGAAGCGGAUCUGACUGAGUUUGACGUGGGCAACUCCCACUUGCAGUCUGAGGUGCUGAAUGUGCUGAAGAACGUCCGGGUGCUGGGCCAUUUUGAGAAGCCACUCUUCCUGGAGCUCUGUAAGCACAUGAUCUUCCAGCAGUUCCAACAGGGCAAGUACGUCUUCCGGCCCAGCCAGCCCGACACCAGCAUCUAUGUGGUGCAGGAUGGCAAGCUGGAGCUCUUCCUGACCCAGCAGUUGUAUGUAGCCCAUGUGCUAACACUAGGCUGCCCCUAA